AUGGCACAUGCCAAUCUCUCUAAUAAUAUUUGCGGAGAUGCGUUGCUUACAAUAACCUACAUCCUUAACUGUGUACCAAGUAAAAGUGUACCCGUCACUCCAUAUGAGUUAUGGAAUGGCAAGAAGCCCAUUUUGGAUCAUUUACAUAAUUGGGGGUCGGCAGGCUAUGUGCAUAACCCAAUCCAUAAGCACGAAAAACUAAGUCUAAGAGCAACUAAGAUGGUGUUCAUCAAAUAUCCUGAACAUUCAAAAGGAUAUGUAUUGUUUGGAGAACACCCGAAUGGUGGCAUGACAGAAAUUGACUCCUGCAAUGUUGAUUUCCUUGAGGAUGAGUUCCCAAGCAUUGGUGAAAUAAAAGAGAAUCUCAAACUGUAUGAGUUACAAGAGGACAUGCAACUAUCUAUUGUUGAGGGGGAGGUAUUGAAAACCUACCAAGUCACUAAAAAUACACCAAAUAAAAGAGAUAGUGGGAGUGAUCCUAUUAUUCUAGAUGGUGAAAACUUGCCUACAAAUGAUAAUCCACCAGAAAAUGGGGUUAGUCCUCAAUCUCUGAGCUUCGAACAUGAAGUUAGUUUUCAUCAUCUAGUCAAGGAGGUGAUGAAGGCCCUAGAAUCCAAAGGAGUGAACGUGAAAAAAUAUCUCGACGAUAUUUUCAAAUCGAAUGAGAAAUUUUCUUAUGCACUCUUUUAG